GGCACCGAUGAAAUGGAGAUCGGUACAAAAUCAUGUACGGACAUCAGGCGGGCAAGAAAAGCGCCAGGUUCCUCCCCCUCGCAUUCCGGGGAAUCAGGAGAGAAGCGACGAUGGCUGACCAAGUCGACGUCGAGGUUUCGGCGCCCACCGCUCCGAUCAAUGUGCUUCUGGGAAAGCCCACCCUACUGGCACGGGUGGUGGCGUUUGUAGGGUCAGUGGACACUCGGCUGCUGGGUGCGUAGCGAAAAGGAAUCCUGGAAAGGUAACCUUGGGUACUGACGGCCGAUCUAUGACUAUGUAUGUACGCUUCCGCUGCUGUGCUGUAGUAUGUCUCAACCGGAACUGGGCCAGAGAAAUGAUGAAGCCGUCGGUGUGGGAGAUCUCGGCUGGGGUGCCAUAUGAGCCGCUGCUGAUUAACUGCUUCCGUCGCGCCUCCAAUUACUGCUACCGAGAGGUGGACGCGCCCUCCCCGUAAGAACCCACCGCUGUAUAUUUACUGCACUUCCUUGUUUUUGGAUAACUUCUGGGACGAUAGGUGUAGAAAAUGCUGACGCUUAUUGCUCUUACGACGAUAGCAAUGUGAAUCGCCGAGGGUCGCCCCCUGCCAUCCGGGCUUGCUUGCUGAAUGAGCGCACUUCCAUGCGUGAAUACGUUCAUGACUUAAAACUGAUGACAGCGGAGAACGAGUGGUUUGAUAAGCCCCCAAGGAUUCUCAAUCUGGACAGCGUGCCGGAACUUAAGAACGAGGUGCAUAAGAACCCUCGCACGGCGUUUGAGAAUCCAAAACUGCUAAACAAUCGAUUCAGCCGAAGCCAAGAAGCUCGACUAGUUUCAGGCGAUAUUGACCAAGAGCGUGCAAGUUUCUACUUGUGGUCACUCGAGAAGCAGCACCUACGCGCUUCUAUGACUCAAACCAAUGCCUCGUGCUACGAUGUAUGUGAUGAAGCAUUAGCAGUGGGCUGCACUGACGGCGCGGUCAAGAUUUGGAGCUUCUCGUCGCUUGAAAGCCGCAACCUCGAUACAACGUCGUUAGUGAAUGCCUCGCCUACGACCUCGAUUUCCCAUCGCUCCAGCCUCGGAAUGGUUCCUUUCAUUAGGACGCGUGCGAAGGACAAAGUGGUUAACGUUAAAAUUGACCACAAUGAUGGCUCUUUCCUGCAUUUGGCGACGUCAACAGAGAAGGGAGAAGCGAACGUUUGGGAUGUCACAAAAGGAGAGAUCGUUGUUUCCAUCCCGUCCAGUAAGAUCCACAAGUCGAUGCUACCACGAUCGCAGAGAGAGACAUCCCCACAGAUCACGAGCUUGAUGCUGCUGCGUAACACACUUGUGUGUGGUACAUCUUGCGGUCUUAUCCGUGUGUUUGAUGUGCGCAGCAGUCGACUAACACACCGACUCGCAGGCCACCCAGGCGCUGUCGUCAACGCAGAUACUAAAGGACGAGUUUUGUGGUCCGCUGGUAAUGAGGGCACUGUUCGGUGGUGGGGUGGAAAAAGCGCGAAGAUUUUAUCGAAGUCCGCCUUAUGCGAAGGUGGCAUCUCGGCGCUUGAGAUGGAUGAAACCGUGGUUGUUGCUGGCUACUCUGAGCAGGGCAUGGAAGCCUGGGAUGUGAGAACCCAACAAUCAUUGUGUACAUUUAGCAAUCACGAGCACGGGGGUGUUAAGGCUCUUCAGUUUGACAACCGCAAGCUAGUUAGUGUGUCAUCGACCGGCAAGGCGGCAUUGUGGAGAUGGUACGAGCCUAAUCCGGUGCGAUGGUUUGAGCCACCGACUGCUUCUGCACGCUUCACCUCGACCAAGUUUAACGACCGGCACCUCGUGUUCGGUACCGAUUGCGGAGAGCUUGUGGAUUACGACCGACUCGCCACGGUUUUGUAGGCAAUGAAUGAGCCGUUGUUGUUUGUCAACAGGUGACGAGGAGAAUUUGAACAAGGAUAGAAUAGGAAGCUCGGCUCUCUUCAAUUCACGCGCGUGAAGAAAAUAUUGUUUUACCUUUGCCAUGGAAUGAAGUUCAUGGUCGCUAUGUGAGCUUUUUCGGUCUAAGAGCUGUGAGGUGAGCUACGCGGGGCUUUCUUCAGAUACACAAUGCUUCCCUUCAGCGCUUGAUUUCGUUCGCCUGGCCUCACCACGGCAACGCGCGACUGCUGUCCUCGAAAUUUCUCAUCAACGUCUGCGAUUGAUGCGAGUGAAGUCGAAAGUCGCGAGUUAUGCUCGUAAGUGGAUGCACCACCCACAGGGUCUGGGAGUCGAAUGAUGAUACCGGCUCCCGUGUUCAGCAGUGCUGCAGGUUCGCGCACUGGUUGUAGCUGCCCAGAGCUGUGCGAAGACCCCAUAGUGCUGCUGGAUAGGCUUCACAAAUGCAUGCUAAUUAGAGAGCGCUUCAUCGUGGGGACCGCUCCACCACCAAAAUAACAUCGCUGCGAGAUCCGGCCGAAAUGCUGCCGCGCGUACAUCACACAGUAAUUUUGUUACAUGAUCCAUGUAGAUAUAACAUGCACACCGCUUCCGCAUGCUUCGUUUGCGCCCC